AACACCAGAGGGGCUAGUGGGAAAGAAAAACUGCAGUGUGUGUAUAUAUAUAUUUUUACUGAGCUAAUCAAUUUAACACCUCCAUCCCAAGAGUCAUUCAAAGUGUCCUGAAGGAACUGCAGAAGUUUCUCCUUGGGAAGACGGUUCUGUACACGCUACUGUGGCUACCUUCCUGAGUGGUCACGAGGGAGCUGGGGACUUUUCAAGCAAGGAAGAAGUAUAAGGUGGAUCCCACCCUGCACAAGGACGCCAGUCCAUAGCAAGGGAGUGUUCAUUGCCUAGCCUUUCAGGAUGACUUGGAACUUAUUCAAGAAAAAACCAGAGCCCAUUGUGGGCGCUGAGCCCACCAGUACCAUGACAAUGGCUCCAGCACCAGCCAUGUCCACUGUGGCAGACAACUCCACCGAGGCCGAAGGGCCCAUGGGCAAUAAGAAAGAAGACUAUAAGGAGCUCAUGAACAAAUUCUACAAUCAGAUAGUCAAAAUCCCUUUGCCACCCUGGGCUCUCAUCGCCAUUGCAGUGGUGGCUGGCCUUCUCAUCCUCACCUGCUGUUUCUGCAUCUGCAAGAAGUGCUGUUGUAAGAAGAAGAAGAACAAGAAAGAGAAGGGGAAGGGUAUGAAGGGAGCGCUCAAUAUGAAGAACAUGAAAGGUGGCGAGAAUAAACAGGAUGACGAUGAUGAUGAUGCAGAAACAGGCCUGACUGAAGAGGAGAAAGAAGAAGAAGAAAAGGAGCAGGAGAAACUUGGCAAGCUGCAGUACUCACUUGAUUAUGAUUUCCAGGACAACAAGCUGACAGUGGGCAUCAUUCAGGCUGCUGACCUGAUCUCCAUGGACAUGGGAGGCACCUCUGACCCCUACGUAAAAGUCUUUCUUCUACCAGACAAAAAGAAGAAGUAUGACACCAAGGUGCACAAAAAGACACUGAAUCCUGUCUUCAACGAAUCAUUUGUUUUCAAGGUUCCCUACCAGGAACUUGGAGGGAAGACCUUGGUGAUGGCAAUAUAUGACUUUGACCGCUUUUCAAAACAUGACAUCAUUGGGGAAGUGAAAGUACCUAUGAACACUGUUGAUUUGGGCCAGCCCAUUGAGGAGUGGAGAGAUUUGGAGAGCGCAGAGAAAGAAGAGCCUGAGAAGCUAGGUGAUAUCUGCAUCUCCCUCCGCUAUGUCCCAACAGCAGGCAAACUAACCAUCUGCAUUCUGGAGGCCAAGAACCUCAAAAAGAUGGAUGUGGGUGGGCUGUCAGAUCCCUAUGUGAAAAUCCAUCUGCUGCAGAAUGGUAAGAGGCUGAAGAAGAAGAAAACAACAGUGAAGAAGAACACAUUGAACCCUUACUACAAUGAGUCCUUCAGUUUUGAAAUCCCAUUUGAGCAGAUCCAGAAAAUCCAAGCAGUCAUCACAGUCCUGGAUUAUGACAAGAUCGGCAAGAAUGAUGCAAUUGGUAAGAUCUUCGUGGGCUGCAGUGCCACAGGCACAGAGCUCAGGCACUGGUCCGACAUGCUGGCCAACCCUCGCCGGCCCAUUGCACAGUGGCACCCACUGAAGCCUGAGGAGGAGGUGGACGCCAUUCUGGCAGCACUGGCAGGAAAGAAGUAAAUGCUGAAGUUAUUCACUAGCUACUGUAACUAACUCUCCAAUACUGCAUGAAAUCAAAUCAAGGGAUUACCGAUUCUACAGACGUGGCAGCAGAAAUGUUGAAAAAAAAACCCAACAAAGUAACAAAAGAUGAGAACAACACCGUUUCUAAUAUUCAACAACCUUGUGCAAUUUUUCUUUCACAACAUUAGUGUACAGUGAGUAGGAUGGAUGGGUAUUCUACAUGGGUACUCUGGAAUACAUUUAAAAUGCAUUUCAAUUUUGAACAUUAAUGAGUUGCAUUUUAGUCUUUCAUUUGUUGUUGAGGUACACAGAUUUCACGUAAAAAUGAUAAAAAAGGGAAGACUCAGUUGCAAAUGAUGUGGAAAACAUGCAUUUUAUAGGUAUAGCAGUAUAUAUGGUAUCUUUAUCUUCUUGCGUCUCUUAGGAGUCAUUAUGCCAAAUGUUCUCAAUGCUUUAUGAUGUUUAGGUAAGCCAUAUGGGCAUGUUCACUAAAAACGUGUCUUGCCAAGUUAAUUUUUCUGCUGAUCAGCUUGCGUUUCAUGCAGAACCAGUGGUGGGUAUUGGUACUCUCCAUCAAUGGGCAUGGAUGGGUGUUCAGGAUGCGAUAAAAUUAAAUAAAUUGAGAAAAAAAGACAACUCUUAGGACAGACAUACCCUUUAACAAUAUGAUGCCAAAUUAACUGUCUGGUAAUUGUGAAAGUUUAUUGGCAGCAUAAUGUACUUACUGUAUGUACUGUAGUUACAAAUCAGAGCCCUCACAAAACAAAAUGUUUCUCAAAUGUUUAAAAAUCUAGUUUUCAUAUACCUGUUAGAUUGAUUUGUCAUUAAGGUGAUGAUUUAAAAAAAAAUAACGAUCUUUUUUUAAAUUGUAUUUGACCACUAUUUCAGAGAUAAAAGUGAUUAUAAUAUUUUCCUUUGUAAGGUCAGUUUUGUUCUCUGGACACUAGGUGGGAACAUUGCACAAAGCUGAAACAACCCUGAGUUGGGCUUUCUUUUCUGUAUUGUAACUGAUCCAAAAAUCAAUCCUUUUGUAACACUGCUAGGGUUCCCAGUCAUGUAUACAUUUUUCGUAAGGAAAAGUAUUAUUAUUAUUAAAGUAUUCGAAGAACAAUAGAUGAAAUACGUUUUAUAGGACUUUAGAACUUACGUUUUUAAUGUAGUUUUAUAUUUUACAGCCUUCAAUUUAUCAGCUACCUUUUCAACAUCAUCCUUUUAAAUCCACAUGUUUUAUGUUCAUACUAUUGAGGUCUUGUCCAUCCAGAUCCGUUCCACUCAUGCCCAUCCACCAGCUACCUUCUCAUCCAGCCCAUUUCCUUAUUGGUCUCCACAUUGCCAUUUCUGGGUGAGCCUAGCCGGGUUUCAAGAGUGGCCAGGCCACUAGCCGCUUGCCGAUGGACGCCUCUCCCAGGCCUGGCUUCAGGGUUGGGCCCCAGUGUCCCUGAUCUGGACGGGGUUCUCUUAGUUCUUAAUGAAGCUCUCAGGCUUCCUGAGGCAAUCAGGCCUCUAACACCAUGACAAGAUCCCAAAGGGAAUAUGUGUCUCUCAGUUGGCCCGUGAGCUCCUGGAAAUCCUCCCCAGGAGAAGCUGGAGACUGUUCCUGGGGAAAAGGGAAGUCUGGUCAGCCCUGCUCAGCCUGGUAUCAUUGCAGCCCUCACCAGGAAUGACCUGUUAGAACAUAGAUGGAGGGAUAACUGAGGUCUUCAGAAUGUAAGUUCAAUUUGUUGCACCUAGUCAAGGAAAAGAAAAAUCCCAUUCUUUCAGAAUUUGAAACCUGUAAUAAGUCUUCCACUUCACAGUUUUUCCUAAGAUGGGAAUUUUAAAGUGAAUGUUCUGUGAAUUCUGCCCUUAGAGUUAAGAAGCUCACCUCGUUAUCUUCAAAGCCUAAGUCUUCAGUAGAAUUCUAAGGAAAGGUUUUUUUUCCUAAAAAAAAAUUAAAAUAUGAAUGUCAAAGUAAUUGAUUUGUUCCCUUUUUUUCUUUUUCUAUUCAGCAAGGUUAGCAAUCCUCCUUAGUGUACAUGAAUUUAGACACAGAAAGUAUUUAAUUUAGAUAUGUAUUUAAAGAAGCAUUACUUUGAAGGUUAUGGAAAGAUACAACUUUAUAUGUGUUUUAAAAGAUGGAACACAGAAAGGGUGAAUUGCACUAUUAUGAAAAUUGUUUUUAAUGUGUGAUUUAAUUUUCACUGCAAUGGUCUGGCAUCCUGUGCCAUUACCCUGUCUUGAGCCUGUUGUUUGCCAGGAUAGAUAUAAACUAUCUAUAAAAUUCAGAGACCCUGAACUGGAAGAAGCUGCUAGACAAUGUAUGGAUGGAUUUUCUUUUCAUAAUGGGUCUAUAUACAGUACCUGCUAAUGAGGAACAACAAAAAUAAAGCUGAACACAAUUUUUGCUGGCUCCUUUUAAAGAGUAUGUUCACAAUAUGUGUAAAAUGGACAAUUAUUAAAACUUUUUGCAUACAAGACAAGUAAUAUUUAUUUUAUGGGACUGACAAUAAGCUGUUGUACCUGCCUGUUUGUUCUAAAAUUUGAAUUCUGAAUCAGUUUAUUUCAAGACUAUGUUUAUGUUUAUUUGUUGUAUUAAAAAAUCAGUUUGGGAUAUUGGCAGUAGUGUAGUGGAAACAAAAAGCCCCAGUUAGAUUUAUAUACUGUAGUAAUAUGUUAUACAGAUACUGUAUCUUGAGUGCAGCAAUAAGAGUGUAAUCGACUUGUUAAUAAAAGUUAUGGUAUGACCAAGAGGGUUGUUUUAGAUCAUUAGUUUGUUAAAGGUGAUUUUGCAGAGCAGAGAACUUUAGAUAAAUCAAAUAAAUUGUUUUGGUUGACAAGAUGAGUGCCCUUUUCACUUAAAUAAAAACUUUCCCUGAAACUAAAUUAAUAAGCUCAUAAAGAAAAAGACUGGGCAAGACUCUCAGAAAUAAACAGGAAUUGCACUGAUCAAGCUUUGAUCAGCAUAUCCAGAAUUCAUUAUGUGCAAAUGCUGAAUAGACAGAUCCUCCAGUGAUAAUUUUCACUGGCCUUUAGCAUUAUCACCUCCAUCAAGUAUCACAGUACAGUAUAUCAGUUAACACUAUGAUGAAUCCAUAUACACAAGCCAUUUUAACUUUUUUUUUCCACUGAUGCAAUAAAUUCCCCACAUAUAAAGACAUGCAGAGUAUGCGCAGAAAGGCUGAAUUUCGAUUUUUAAAAAAUUAUUUUGCACAUUGGCUAUUUAUGGGAAAAACAACUGCCAGUAGAAAUUUAGCUCCUGAGACUAAAUGAAAUUCUCUUUUUUUCUGGAUAUUGCUACAAAACUGGGCUUUGAAAUACAAACAGAUGGAUUUCAUCAGUCAGAGAUCAAAAGUUUCUUUUCUGUUAAUACCCCCUAGAUGUCUUCAAGAUUCAUGCAAGAAUUCUACAAGUCUACAAGAAUUCAAGCUUACCUGAUGGGCAGCAAACAGACUUGGUCUGGUGCUGCAGUAGGAUACAAGCCAUUGUAAAAGAUCAAUAGACAUAUCAUUUUACUUGUAAAUGUUCCAUUGCCACCAACAAAUAUUAUAAUAUUAGAUGUCCAAUAACAAGUUGUUUCACCUCCAACAGAGGGCUCUCUAACUGUCAAAUGACUUGCCUAUAAUAAUGUAUUAAUAAUAUGCAAUAGAGCCACAACUAAAUGAACAUUCUGUGAGGGGGUGAGAUUUUGUACUGAUUAAGAGUUCUGAAAUACGUUGUUUUUAGCCACCAGAGCCUUGUUUUUGUUCCAAAAUCCAAAAAUCUGGAAAAUUGAGGGACAAGGAACAAACAAAUAUACCAAUCCACCGGUGUGUAGUUUUGCCUAUAUAUAUAGACUAACUUUGUUAAUAUUGCAUGUUUCUAUACAAUACUGUAAAUAGCAGCAUGUUUUAAAGAAGCAAAAAUCUAUUGUGUAAGUGUGUGUCAUUUGUCAUUUUAAUAAUAAAAAAGGAUGCACUGACUGUAUAUUUUCUAAAAGACAAAAAUCUGUAUUUUCCAUGAACGGGUAGGGGAAAGAAUAGAAAUUAGAGAUGAGUAUUAUUAAUAUCCAAACUGCUAUUCUGCCUGAUCUACAUGUGAAAAGGGUGUUGUUUAGUGCAAUUUCAAUUCAUUUAGGUUGACAAAAUGUAGCCGCAUGCUUGCUCAUUUUUGUGAGAGAAAUGUUUGUCCUUUUUUCUUUUGUUGAUGUUUGUUGUUUUUUAAUGUUUGUAAAUAUACAAAUAU